GACAGUUAUCUUAUUUUUGUAAACAAUAAAAAUUUGGUAUCAAAACAUAUAAGUUACUUCUAUUUUAUGCAUUAAAGCAGAAUUAAAAAUAAUUUAAAUUAUUAUUACAACUUUAGCACUUUUUAUUAAGUGCUUUAUUUUCUCAAGCUCGAAUUAGAAUGACAUGUUUGAUGAUGGAUUACGAAUUUAAAAUGAAAACUCAGAAUGAGCGGGUAAAAGUAGAGGAUUUGUUUGAUUACGAGGGCUGCAAAGUUGGAAGAGGUACCUAUGGACAUGUCUACAAAGGAAGAAGAAAAGAUGGAAGUGACGCCAAGGAUUAUGCGUUGAAACAGAUUGAAGGUACUGGAUUAUCUAUGUCUGCUUGUAGAGAAAUUGCAUUGUUGAGAGAAUUGAAACAUGCGAAUGUUAUAAAUUUAAUUAAAGUAUUUUUGUCUCACAAUGAUAGAAAAGUGUGGUUACUGUUUGAUUUUGCUGAACAUGAUUUAUGGCAUAUAAUUAAAUUCCAUAGAGCAGCUAAAGCUAAUAAGAAACCUGUUAUGGUACCAAAAGGAAUGGUUAAAUCUUUGUUGUAUCAAAUUUUAGACGGUAUCCAUUAUCUACAUUCAAACUGGGUAUUGCACAGAGAUCUCAAGCCCGCCAAUAUUCUCGUUAUGGGAGAAGGACCAGAAAGGGGGAGAGUUAAAAUUGCUGAUAUGGGAUUUGCUAGAUUAUUCAAUGCACCGUUAAAACCAUUAGCCGAUUUAGAUCCAGUGGUAGUUACUUUUUGGUAUAGAGCUCCUGAAUUAUUAUUAGGGGCUAGGCAUUAUACGAAAGCUAUAGAUAUAUGGGCAAUCGGAUGCAUUUUUGCCGAACUUUUAACCUCUGAACCAAUCUUUCAUUGCCGCCAAGAGGAUAUUAAAACUAGCAAUCCUUAUCAUCAUGAUCAAUUAGAUAGGAUAUUUAACGUUAUGGGAUUUCCACAUGAAAAAGAUUGGGAAGAUAUAAAAAAAAUGCCUGAACAUCCUACCCUAUUGAAAGAUUUUAAAAAAGCAAAUUACGUGAAUUGUUCAUUAAUCAAAUAUAUGGAUAGACAUAAAAUUAAGCCAGAUAGUAAGGCUUUCCAUUUACUGCAAAAACUUCUGUUGAUGGACCCAAAUAAAAGGAUAACUUCUGAACAAGCCAUGCAAGAUCCAUAUUUUAUUGAAGAGCCUCUACCUACACAAGAUAUAUUUGCGGGUUGCCCGAUACCAUAUCCUAAGAGAGAAUUUUUAACUGACGAUGAUCAAGAAGAAAAAUCUGAUGCGAAGAGGCAGAAUCAACAACAGCAACAGCAGCAGCAACAACAACAGCAACAACAACCUAAUCAACAACAGCAGCAACCGUCACAACAGCAGCAGUCAAAUCAAGAUAAUCAUAAUUCGGCUAAAAGAGUUAGAUUAACAGGACCACAGGGUCAUCCGGGACAAGUUAAUCAACAGCAAAUUCCAAUUUCUCAACAGCAAGAAUUUCAUCAGCAACAAAUGAUGUACAACAACGGAAGUCAACAGCAACAGCAAAACUUUCAACAAAGAUUUUAAAAGACGGCAAUCAUAAUUUCAAAUAUAAAUCAAUAAAUAGCUACAAUUUUCUUCUUAAUAAAUUAUUUUUUAAAAUGA